AUGUGCCGCGAAUGUGUUCAAAAACAUAUUAAAGCUGAAGUUUUGGAUAAAGGCAAUUUUAAUAUUUCAUGUCCUGAAGAGGAGUGUCGUGAGUUAUUACAUGAACAGGACGUUAAAAAAUUUGCUGAUGAAGAAACAUUUAAUGCUGCUCCAAUAAUGACAUGUAGUGCCUGUGGACAGAAAUCUUGUGUCUUACAUGAUCUUCCAAUUGAUAAUAACCGUCUCAACUGCCCUGAAUGUGAAAAGGUUGAGCCGACACGACCGAAUGAAUCAGAGUUAACUGAAGUCAAACCAAAAUAUAAAUAUUUUUCAAUAUUUAGAAGGUUCAAGUCUGAAAGGAAAAAUCAUGAACCUUCACAAACAUUAUUAGAAUUAGAAAUUGAGGAAAGAAAUGCCAACUUUUAUGCGAAAAUUAAAACAAUGUCCU